GCAGGCUCAUUUUUGAGGAAAGCUCGGGAAGGCUCUCGGGAAAUUGGUGUUUCAAACCCAAACAGGAUCACGUGACGACCAUUCCCCAUAACAAAGUUAUCCAACUCUCUCUCGGCUCUUCCCACAAUCAUCCCUCGCAGAUACUAGUACCAGACCCCGCCACCCAGAUAUUGAGAUUCGAUUCUACCAUGGUUCUAGGAUUUCUUCUCCGUCGUAGCUCAAGAGCAGCAGAUGAUGCCAUCAUCAACGAUUCGCAUGUUGUUGCUACUCCUGCCAGGUCCAAGUCCGAGCGGGGUUUUCAUCACCAGGAAUCCACAGUCAGGACCCACGUAACGUUUCUUGAGGAGAUUGCAGAGAGAAGUGGAAGAACUGGCGAUUGUCAAUCCCCUCGAUCCGUGGCAGUGCUGCAACUGGAGGAGCCGUUAAAAGAGAAACUCAACAUAUCAGCAAUGGCCAAGGAGAGAAGAAAAGAACCCAAGUCUCCAUCACCAACAACACCAACAGCAGUCCAUGGCACGAGAAAACAACAACAACAAGAUGAUAGGAAGGAGAAGUCGUCGCAUCAACCAGUGAAUAGGAAGAAGCAUUCUUCUUCCACCAAACGACGUCCAUCUACCAAAAAGGGUCCUCGAAAGAGUGUUCUCCGCCAGGAUCCAUCAUUGGUGGAUAUGAACAAGUUUUGGGCCAACACAUCCGAGGAAGCAGCUCGUCAAGCCAAUGAACGCCGAGAAGCGCAACGACAAUACUUGCGAUGGCAGCAGUACUAUUCCAUUCAAACCUAUCAACAACAGAGACGAUUGCAACGGCAGAAAAAACAACAACAAUUCAACAAGGAUACCCCAGUAGUACCGGCAGCAGGCAUUACCAUGAAGAACAGGACCAGCUACACGCGCAAGACACUCCCAAAAUUGGAGUUGAUCCAGCCGAGUCCCAGCAUGGACGAUUCUUCUGUGGACAGCGAGGAGAUGGAAGAUUGGUUACUACCAGUGACUCCACUGCCUUGCCAUUCUAUCACAUGGCGAUCCCCCGAAGCCAAGCCACACGGCAAUAGUCUGACUUUUGCAGACAACGUACUGGCCGGCACUGUCACCACCAAAUCAGAAACUCUGACAACUACAGCCAUUGUUCUCAAGGAGAAUACCUUGAAAGAGGCCGACAGUACCAUCAAUGAUCAAGAGAAGAACCAGGAAAGUCAUCACCCAGGUCACCAACUGACAACCGAAGCUGUCCAGAAACUCCCAGCCAAGGAGGCAGCAGCUCCAACAAUCAGUCCUACCAAGGUGGAAAAUGUACGCAGUGCGCUCUCCACGGUACAAAAGUUCUACAACAAACGCGGUUCACCCGUGCCCGCAACAGUGGAAACGCCGCAACCUUCCACUGCUCUAGUGCCCUACGUUUCCAAAAAGAACCAAGACAAUGCGCAAGAUGAUGAUCAUGCUUCGCUGUCGUCCUCUUCUUCUUCCUCCUCCUUGUCGGAUUUGGAGUCUGUCGCUAUCGAAGAGGAUACCGAGGUCCCCACCAAGAUGUUUACCAAACAGAUUGUCAACGCGCAAGCCUCUGUCAGUCCACGUCGAUCCGUCUUUUUCGAAGCCGCUCCGCUGUUGGGAAUGUACAGUCGUGGCCGGCAGCAGGAAGAACAUCGCUCCGUGCCCAAUAUACAUGUCGUGACCAAGCACAACGGGGCCGGAGAGAGAAAAGUUAUUGUGGAAGUCUAAGUACCCGUGCAGAUCGCAGUCACAGCAUUGAUGAAGGUACCGGUACAUACAGUACAUAUUUGGAGGUCGUGUCGACUUCCUGAUUCUCGUGCUCUUGGUAGUUCAGACGUUGCACUGGAUUUUCCAUCUAUGGUCCUGCUUUGAAAGGAAUUGCACAGCUCGAAGGACAGUGGACUAGGAGGUAUCGAGGCACUUCUAGCGUGGUUUUAUUAAUGUCUACACGAGGCAAGUAAAGAACGUACUAGAAACAAGUAGUUUUGUAGUUUUGUGUAGGUUUCCAAGAGUUUCCUUUUUCCCGGCUUUGAAGCAAUGUGGAGCCAUGCUUCGCUGUCCGAGCAAGGUACGGUAGGGUGAAAGAUGCAAGAGAUCUUUCACCAACUCAAUGCGCUCCUAAUAAUCAAUGGAUUCGAUUCUUCCAUGGGCUUUUGCUUCAAUACUUGAAAGUUGGUCAAAGCCAGAGGAUGGGUUCCUAGGUAUAUCGGCGGCGCGAGCGUCCCCGGCCGGCCAGAAGCCAUUCGAGCUGGGAUAUGGGGCCCAGUGAGAGUCCAAAAGCAAAACAAUGUAAAUAACAAAUUCGACUCACCAGGAGCUAACAAAAAGUAGACUAGCAAAUAACGAAAGCAAUGGGUGAGAGGCUCAUAUGGUAUUUGCGUACAACCAGUGCAGGAUGGAUCAAGCUUGUAGCCCUCCUCAACAUCUAUAUGAGCGGGAAGUCAGUAGCUGCCUUGGUUGUAAGUAGUGCGCGUAAAA